UUUCCAUUCCAUCUAACUUUUUUGGACCCAGGAUAAGGGGAAAAAAAUACUCAGUCCAUUGCCAAAAACUCGCAAGAACCCCAGGUGAUGCCAAUAGAAAUUCAUCACAAAAGCCAAUAAAAAUAUGAUGCCAAACCAGAUUUUUACCAAAAUAUUCCUCACCAAACCAGAAAACUCAACCGAAUAAUACAAUUCAUCCUCUCUCAUUUUUGCCCAGAUCCAUUUUUUUCUGGCCCAACAAGCCCAAAGAAUUUUUUCCCAGAUUCCAUGCCCCUUGGCUCCACCCAUGGCCUUAGGUCAGCAUCAUCAUGAAUUUGGUGACCCGUGACCCCAUACAGCUCUGAGAGAGGCAUGGAGCAAUCACAAUCUUGAAUCCCUGGAAUUUUCUUCUUUUGUGUUCAUCUUCUACUUCAACGGUUGGAUUUUGUGAUGCUCCAAUUUGUUCAGAGGCCUAACAGAGGAAACUGAUGUGGAAACCAAGUAAUGUCACAGGAGGAAAACUGAUGUUAUACAUGUGGAAACCAAAUAAUGUCACGGUUCUAGCUGCUAGUUUGAAGAGAAAGAGAACACCAAGGCAAAGAGAAAGAGAACACCAAGGCAAAUAGGAGGAAGAAGAUGAUCCCUGUUCGCUGUUUCACCUGUGGGAAGGUGGUUGGAAACAAGUGGGAGCCCUAUCAGCAGAGUCUGAAGAAUGGUUGCUCUGUAAAUGAAGCAUUGGAUUCUUUGGGAUUAGCUCGAUCUUGUUGUAGGGGCAUGCUGAUGACCCAUAUUGACCUCACUGACGAUCAGAUGGACUACGACCCCAAGCCUAAGGAAAGGCACAAUCCCGGGCCCAAGCCUGAGCCCAAGCCCAAGCCCCAGCCCCAGGUCAGCGGGCUGAAGAGAGACAAGCCUGACAACUAAGUGUCUCUGGUUUAAACAAACUCAAAAUCAUGUUUGGAACUAGUAUUAACUGACUUUUAAACUGGCUUUCAGCCAAUGCUUUGUCAUUCAGUAAUCUUUCUUUCCUCAAUCUGUCUGCCCAGUUUAUGUAGAAGUGAUAAAACUGGAUAUAUGACAGAAUUAGAAACAAUUUACCACUUUA